AUGGCCGCCGUAGGACCUCCCCCCGGCAUCGUCUUUGCUCGGGACGCCCUCCAUGCUCUGCACGGCGCGGGACACACGGAAGUGCAUCCCGCGGACGCUGCUCGACAACGCUUCGCUCACGCCCGCCGUGUCCUGGAGACGAUCAAGCACGGCGUCGACAGUGCCUCCGCUGCGCUUGCGCUCGCGGAGGACCAGUUGACGACUGCGACUCCUCCGUCAUCCAGGUACGAUAGGUCUUCUGGUGUCUGUGGGUCCGUCCUAACGCGAGAUACGUCCAGCUCCGCGCUGGUAGCGGUGAAUCCUGGGCCAUGGAGCCCCACACAAGACCAGCGGGUGGGGGACGUCCCCGUUGAUGCCCUCAUCGCCUCCCGGCCUACAAGUUGCCACGGCUGUGACGCAUCUCACAACGAGGCUGCGCCCUUCGGUUUCGCUGAACAUCGGUCAGCGGUCAGCGACAUCCAGGACCAUAUCACCCUCGACGAGUGCUCCCUCGUCAGGCCGGCGCAUAUCAGGAAGGACAGCACUGCUCGCCAUCACGCUCAUCACUCUCCUGGACCCCCCUCUCCCGCUCUUCUUGCCGCUCCCGACAAGGACAGCCGCUCUCCCUCGGCGUCGCAAGACGGGCGCCCUUACGACGCAGAGGAGCAGACCCACGACGAGCAUGUGACCUCCCGCAACAAUGCACAGACAUGCCCCCCAACUGGUGCCAGUGCCUGCGGUGCUUACGACACGAGCGCAUGCGCACCUCCCGACCUCAACCCGGAGGUCGUCCGUCUUGCACAGCAACAGGAACUACGGCAGCAGGUCUGGGAGGCCAAGAAACGCGCCCUCGAAGCAGAGGCCGCCCGUGUUCGUGACGCUCGAUCUGGCAGCGCUGGCUCGUCAAAAGUCGCAAGUGCGGAGGUAGACGCGGUGCUGCCGCCGUCGCUGACGCGGCGCUCGACAUCCUCCGCACGUCGCCAUUCAUCGCCCGCGCCGCCUCGUCGGUUGGUCGACAGGAUCGACGCCCCUCGGCUAGUUGAUAGGAUCGCGCCUCGUCGCGCCUCGAUAUUCCUCAUCGACCGGAUAGAGCCGCUGCCUUCUGUAGAGCCACCGUCCCAAGCUUCCCCUCCCGAAACUCAAUCGACAUCGCUCAUCGACAGAAUCGAACGCACGCCCUGCGCGUCGCCAUGGCGAUCUCCUCCACCAAGCCUUGACGAGUCAUGUUCGCCUAGCGUCGACGAAUCCGAGGACCCUGCGACAGACGGUCUUGAGGAUCUUGCGGUAGACCAGUUUGAUAAAAACAGGAACUUGACGCCAACCGUCCGGUCGCCGAGCCCACUCGUUCUCUCGCCCACCCCGCAUGCAUCGUCGGGCGUUGCGUACGACUCAUCUGGCGCUGCGUACGACUCAUUCGGGGCUGUAUACGACGGUUCCUCGUCGUGGUCCGAGGUCGAUGCCAUCAUCCACGAAGCUGUCAACAAGUCGCCCUCUAACGGCACGCAUCGUUCACGUUACAACGCCGAUCAGGCUGGCUGGACGCCUGCCUCGCCAGCCACAUCUGCUGACUCGGCGAUCACGUGUGGGGUGGAGGAGAUCGUGGUAGACGAGGAGGAGAUGCAGGUAGACAACGAGGAGACGGACUCGGGAAUGGUUAUCGACGGAAGGGACGGGCAUGACUCGCAAAUUGAUGAUGAAGAAGAGGGAGUGAGAACCGACGAUGGAUACGAUGGAGAGAUGCCGAUGGAAUUCAGCGAGGAUGAAGGAGGAGACGAUGACCCAUCAGCAGCACCAGAAGAACCUCCGACCACGCCCACAGAACCCGGAUCGCCGGCGUUGUCCACGCUGCCUUUCUUUGAGGAUGUACCCGUCGAUGGACCGUCUCCGCCCUCUUCGCCCGCGCCAUUGCUCGUCGAGAACCGAGCCCGAUCUCCAUACGCGUCGAGGGUGCAGGGCUUACUUGAGUCGACAUCCAAGGCGGUGUCGCAGACAAUCACGAAGGGCCAAGCUGUGUAUGGUUCGCAAGGUGGAGGUGGACAGGUGGAUAGGUCGCCCGUAACAAGGUCGCCCUCGUCUGCACCUUCCACGCCCGAGGGAUGUGACGAGAUGGCGGUGUUCGCACCCGCAAAUGCAUUGACAUCCGGUGAAUGCACGUCAAUGGGCUUGGGUGUCUGCGUGAACAGGGAUCGCAUUCCUCGUCCGACGCCCCUGCGUCUGCCCAUCCAGCAUCGGCGGGGCCUUCAGCACACAGCAAAGUCGAUCCCCCGGUGCCACCUCGCGUCACUGGCCAACUCCAUGUCGUCGGCCACCGCGCGCGACAUCAAGACCAUCGCGCGUCGCCCGCCUGUGACGAGACCCACCGUCGGCGCUCGGCUUGUCGCUGCUUCGACGCCGCAUCCAGGCCAGGUUGUGACUUUCGCCCAGCUGGGCGCGGGGUACCGGUUGACUUCUGCGGUGCUAGAGGCGGCUGAAACUGAAGGCGCGUCUGAGUCCAACGGGGACCAGGACUCGUCCGAUUCGGAUCUGGAUUCGUUGUUCGACGAGAUACCUGAGAAUGAGUUCGACGAAGGGUGUAGCCAUGCGUCGGAACACCCCAAUUCCUCCGACCCGCGUCUCUUCCGGCAGAGACGCACGGUGAUGGAAGAUGCACGAUCCGAAGAGAUGCACGCGAAGAUGAACGCCCUUGCGCUCGAGGCAGAGAGCGGGUCUCAAAUAGAACCACCCCUGCUGCCAGCUGAGCUGGUAGAUGAGAUUGUUGCGCAACUUCCUUACCGCUCAGCCAUCUUGAAGAAGUGCUGCUUGGUCGCGCGGUCAUGGGUCACGCCCUGCAGAGCGCGUCUGUUCGCACACCUGUCAGUAUACCCUCGCGCGUACCCCUCGGACUUGCUCGACCUCUCCAAUUUCGACCUCGCACUGACGGCCCCACCAACAAUCCGCCACCAGCUCAUCGCCCUGCUCGCCAUGCCCACUGCAUUUGCUGCUGCCCCUGACAUCCCGCAGUACGUCCGCGGACUCUCGGUACAAAUGAUGCGCCUCGCGACCCCAUCAGAUCGCGCCGCCGCCGCAGAAGCUGCCGUCCAAGUCCUCAAGCUCUUCCCCCGCCUGCACACCCUCACCCUCGACGCGCGCGCGCUCGACUACCCCGACUUCUCCCCUGCGCUCCAGUCCGCACUCUGCUCCAUUCUUGACCGACCAGGCCUCACCUCCCUCCACCUCCGCGAGCAGGACGUCACCGACGCGGGCGUGCACGCCCUCCUCCGCAGCGCGCGACACCUCCGGCGGCUCAGCAUUUGGCCCCGCCCGCUCCUCUACGUCCGCCUCGAUGGCGAGGACGUGCCCGCGCUGCCCGCCGGCGCCCCGCGCCCGCAGCUGCACACCCUACACCUCGUCGGCCCCUUCGACGCCGCGCUCGCCUGGGCGUCCGCGCCGCACUGCCCGCUUGACCUGCGCGCGCUGCGCACUUUGUCGCUCUCCCCGCGCCGCGCGUUCGACAUGGGCGGCGCGUUCGCGCGCUUCGCGGCCGCGCACGGUGCAGGGGUGCGUACCCUCGUCGUCAGUCUGUGCGACGUCUGGAGCGUAGUGGGGAACGAUGUCGGGGCGGCGGCGGGGUUGGCGUUUCUCGACCAUAUGCCCGCAUUGCGGAUCAUCCGGGUUAAGGAUGGGGUGCUGGCGCCGUGGUCGCUGGUAUGUGCGGUCCGACUGCUGGAAGUUGCGGUGCGGAAGACGGGGGUCGAGGUGUUCGAACUUCGGGUCGCGAUAUGGUCAGCAGACGCGGACAGCUAUCGGCGCAAGGAAAUCCACCUUGACCACUGGAAGGAGGUCGAUAGCCGGCUUGCCGUUCUACGGGAGGAAAGCUCGCUGCGGCGGAUGGACUUCGUUGCUGUGCCAGACGAGGAGGCGUCCAGGGAAGAUGCGGAUAGGCUGCAGAAUUGGGUGGAAUAUGCACUGCCGAAAUUCGCUGCUGGGGAGCGGGAUAUUCUGCAUUAUAGCGCGGUGGAUGGGGGGAUGCCGUGGGACGAAAGCACGGCUUGGGACAGAGGGACGGUUUGGGCUGAUACGGACUGAUAGCAGCAUUUGCGUCGAUGUAGUCACCGAUGCUGAAUUCAUCUUGACCAUC